AUGAUGAAGCCCGAAACUCCGGGCAGCCUCUUCCUGCCUUAUGUGCCCACGUUCAUUCUGCUGGGAGUCCCUGGGCUGGAAGAGGUCCACGCCUGGCUCUCCAUCCCUUUCUGCAUCGGGUACCUCAUUGCACUCCUGGGGAAUUCCACCAUCCUCUUCAUCGUGAAGUCAGAGGCCAGCCUCCACCAGCCCAUGUUCUAUUUCCUCUCCGUGCUCUCGGCCAUCGACCUGGGCCUGUCCACCUCCACCCUGCCCAAGAUGCUGGCCAUCUUCUGGUCUGGCCUGGGGGAGAUCAGCUUUGGGGCCUGCCUGACCCAGAUGUUCUUCAUCCACUCCUUCACGGGCAUGGAGUCUGCAGUUCUGCUGGCCAUGGCCUUUGACAGAUACGUGGCCAUCUGUCACCCCUUGAGAUACACCACAAUCUUGACCAAGACACGGAUAGGCUGGCUGUGUCUUGUAGUCGUGUUGGCACCUUCUGUCCUAAUCCUGUUCAUGGUUUUGCUGACCCUGCGCUUGCCUUUCUGCCGUAGCCGGAUUGAAAUUGCCCACACUUACUGUGAGCACAUGGGCAUCGCCAAGCUGGCCUGUGCCGACAUCAGGAUCAAUGGUGUCUAUGGCUUAUUUACCAUUUCCUUCCUCAUGUUGGAUUUGCUCCUGAUUCUUUUGCCCUAUGUGCAAAUCUUGCAGACUGUUUUUCGGCUCCCCUCCAAGGAGGCCCGGCUGAAAUCCUUGGGCACCUGUGGCUCCCACAUUUCUGUCAUGUUUGUUUUCCACACUCCAGCAUUCUUCUCCUUCCUCACGCACCGCUUUGGGCAAAAUAUACCACACUAUGUCCACAUCCUCAUUGCCAAUCUGUAUGUCAUUCUGCCUCCAGUGCUCAACCCGGUCAUUUAUGGGGUGAAGACCAAAGAGAUCCAGAGGACAAUAGUCCAAGUUUUAUGCCACAAAAGGUCCAUCCUGUCCAGAUUCACCUCAUUUUCCUAA